CUUGCCUCUGCAUCACCCAAGUCAAGAUAUCAAUACAAACAAAACUGCAACUUUCAUUAUUAAUUCAACAUUAACAUAAACAACUACCAAAAUAGUACAAUACCUCAAUCUUUCAACAUCUCAAGACUCAAUUCAUCAUCAUCUUCUACUUCUCAUCCUUGAGGCCAAAAAUCCAAAUCCUCUGAGCUGAUCCAAACAAACUCCAUGGACAGACUUGUGAAGCCUGACAUCAAAGAAGCUAAUAUAAUCUUCACCAGGCUCGAAAAAUGUUCGACAACCUUUAGGCUAACCAAUCUCAUGCACACAAUGACUGUGGCUGUUUCACUAACUACUACAAAUCCAUCUCUACUCUCUGUUUCAAGUCCUCUUUCGAUCUUACCACCUCUUGGUACUUCAUCCUUCACUCUUUGGCUAUCGAAGCCGUCUGAUCACCCUCCUAUCUCCACUCCCCUGGAGAGUAUCAUAGUGAAAUCAUCAGUUGUUGUCACUGGAAAGGCCAACCAGGAGCAGCUCCAUCGUCUGUUUUCGAGGCCUGGCCCUCAGAUAUUUAAGGAUGCCAUCAUUCCAAUUUCAUUUGUAGGGCCUCAAGUCGUCGAGUUUCUCCUUAGUCCUGUAAUAAAACAAGAUAAUGCUUAUGUUCUAUCAAAGGCAAUUUCAGUCUGCGAUGAAUCACAGCUUUUUGCCUUAUUAAGAUCAGCUGUUAAGUGUGGGAACUGUUACAUUACUUCUACGUUAAUAGAGUGUGGAGCGGAUCUUAAUAAACGCGAUUCUAGCCAAAGGUCUUUGAUGUCAUUAGCUAUUCAAUCCGGAAAAGCUGAUAUGCUUGAUUUAUUGAUAGAUUCGGGGUAUGUUGUGGAUAAUUCAGUUGAUCGGUUAUUGCAUGAUGCAGCUGCAAUGAAUCGCGUAGAUUUAUUGGAAAUCUUGUGCUUAGGGUAUCUAGAUAUAGAUGUGAAUUUAGUCGAUUUACAUGGUAGAACAGCUCUUCAUGUUGCUGCAAUUUAUGGUCAUAUCGAAGUAAUUCAAUUUCUUGUGUCAGUCGGUGGUAGCCCUGAUAUUGCAGAUCAACACGGGUGGACUUCGCUUCAUUGUGCUUCAAUUGCAGGACAAGAAGAAGCGGUUGAAUUUUUGAUGAAUUGUUCGGUUUAUGUAAAAUAUGCCUUGACUAAAGAUGGAAAAACUGCAUUUGAUCUAGCGGUGGAAAAGGGUCAUUCAGAUUUAUACGAUAUGUUACAAUUAGGAGAUGCACUGCAUCGAGCUGCAAGAUUAGGCGACGUGUCUGAAAUCAAACGGUGUCUUGUUGAAGGAGCCAAGGUGAAUGGAAAAGAUCAAAAUGGCUGGACCCCUUUGCAUAGAGCUGCAUUCAAGGGUCGAGUGGAGAGCGUUAAGGUUUUGCUAAACAACGGGGCUAAUGUUGAUAUGGUUGAUGGCUCGGGCUACACACCGCUGCAUCGUGCAGUUGAGGCUGGACAUGUGCAGGUAGCUCUGGCAUUGAUUGGAAAUGGAGCGAAAGCAAAUAUGAAGGGUCUUAAAGGUGUGGUUCCUCUGCAUUUGGAUUCUUUCAAGAACCAUCUUUCUCUUGUGAAACCUUUGUGUAAAGAUAAAGAAAGGGCUUGAUUUCAUGCUUGGAAAUCAGCAUGCCUUGUGUAUUUUGUAUUUUGUACAAAGAGGUUUAAAGGUCUUUGCAUAACUCUGGUAUUCGACUAUUCAAGUGAGUUGUGGCCAGAGUUGUGACCAGUUUUUGCCAGAUUGUAAAUAAGAGAAAUAGAAGUUGUGUCAUUUUGAAAUC